GGAGCCCGUCUUAUCAACGAUCGUACGCCAAAGAUAAUCGUAAGAAACGGCUAAGAUCGUCGUACGAUUUUCUUAAGAUUUUACAGUGUCUUAUGAAAAUUCCCAUCUUACCUAAAUCUUACGAUUUUGCCUAAAAAGUUACGACUACCUCUUGGCACUCGCAAAUAUUGCGAUAUUCGUAAAUAUGGCGGAAUUUGUUGCGUUGUUUGAUGUAAACGAGCAAAACAGACGCAGACAAAGGGUUUUCCGUGAACGUGUGAAUAUUUUGGAUGAAUUAAGAGACGAAGAAAUCAUCGCACGAUACAGACUGAGCAGAGAAGCGAUUACGUACCUGAAUGAAACAUUGAGGGUAGAUUUAGAACCGAAGACAAAAAGAUCAAACUCACUCUCAUCUCUUACUCAGGUACAGACUAAAUUAUUUUACGGGUGCAUGUAAAGAAAUGUUCACUGCAUUGUAACCAAUUGAACUGUUGGGAAUCGUCUUUGAUAAACAUGCGUUUUGUAGAUAUGGAUCAAUUUGUGUUUGUAAACAAAAUAAAGUUUAGCUAAAGAAACUUCAGCGUACAGUUUACAUAGUAUUGACAGGCCUGUAUAAAGUCGCGCCAGUCAAAAAUCAUAAAAAGCGACAUUUAAAGUUAUGGUAGCCAGAACUAAAUAAAGUUAUGUUAAGUAUCAUCAAACGAUCCGGCAAAAAUGUUCAUUAUCUAGCGCCAAGUAACAAAAAUGCUCUUUAUGUGUUGCAUCUCAUACAGGUUCUAAUCGGGCUUCGGUUCUUGAGCAAGGGUGAUUUUUUUUCUGAGGUUGCAGAUAUUCAUGGUGUCAGUAAGCCUACAGCAGCUCGAUGCUUCCAUGUUUUCAUUGAUAGCCUGAAUCGUCGUCUACAUAAUAUCAGAUUCCCAACUGAAAAUGGCGCUAUGGCACUCUCAAAACAAGACUUCUACAGGCGGUGUAGGAUUCCAAACGUUCUCGGUGCUGUUGAUGGGACUUUGGUUCCAAUUCUAGGCCCUUCCGAAAAUGAAGAGGCAUAUAUUUGUAGAAAGGGGUUUCACGCCAUCAAUGUGCAAGCUGUUUGUGAUUCUCGAAUGAAUUUCAUAGAUGUAGUUGCAAAGUGGCCAGGUUCGCAGCAUGAUGCUUCCAUUUUCAACACCUGUGGUCUAAAGGAACACCUGGAAAGAACACAUGCAGGAAUUUUGCUUGGGGAUAGCGGAUAUGGCCUGAGAAGAUAUCUUCUAACACCUAAACAAAAUCCCAUGACAGAGUCUGAAAGGCGUUACAAUAAUUACCAUGCCAGGGGAAGAGUGGUUAUUGAAAGAGCGUUUGGUGUGCUGAAAUCUAGAUUUCGAUGCCUACACAAAUCUGGUGGUGUACUUCCAUUCAACCCUACAAAAAGUUCUCAUGUUGUUGUGGCCUGUAUGAAGCUGCAUAAUCUGUGCAUAACGUUCAACGUGAAGGAACCACAAGAUGCAGUCCAUGUGAAUGAGCUUGCAAAUGAGGAUGUCUUAAAUGAGCAUGAUGACAAUGCGCAUUCAUUUAGACAGGCAAUCAUUAACAUGUUUUGAAUGACUGGUUAUAAGCACGUUGUAAUUUUGUAUAGAUGUAGUUAAACAAUUCAAUUCAAAUUGAUAUGAACUGUUUUGUUUACAUAAAAGUUUACUGUAUUUAUGCCCCCCUUCGAAGAAAAGGGGGUAUAUUGUUUUACACAUGUCGGUCGGUCCGUCCACCAGAUGGUUUCCGGAUGAUAACUCAAGAACGCUUAGGUCUAGGAUCAUGGAACUUCAUAGGUACAUUACUCAUGCCUGGCAGAUGACCCCUAUUGAUUUUUAGGUCACUAGGUCAAAACGUAAAGGUUACAGUGACUCGAAAUAGCAAAAUGGUUUCUGGAUGAUAACUAUAGAAUGCUAACGCCUAGGAUCAUGAAACUUCAUAGGAACAUAGAAUAUGAUUGGGCAGAUGACCCCUUUUGAGUGUCAGGUCACUAGGUCAAAGGUCAAGGUCACAGUGACUCGAAACAGUAAAAUGGUUUCCGGAUGAUAACUCAUUAAUGCUUACGGCUAGGAUCAUGAAACUUCAUAGGUACAUUGAUCAUGACUGGCAGAUGACCCCUAUUGAUUUUCAGGUCACUAGUUCAAGUUCACAGCGACUUGAAAGAGUAUAAUGCUUUUCUGAUCAUAACUCAACAAUAAUUAGGUCUAGGAUCAAGAAUAUUCAUAGGUGAAUUGAUCAUGACUGGCAGAUGACCCCUAUUGAUUUUCAGGUCACUAGGUUAAACAAAUUAUUCAAACAAUGGCUGCCACUACAACUGACAGCCCAUAUGGGGGGCAUGCAUGAUUUACAAACAGCCAUUGUUAUAGUUACACAUUUUUCAAAUGACCUUUCAAAAUAUGACAUUUAGUUAUUAACUUAUAAUGAGUGAUCUUGUGAUAAAAAAAGAGUUGCCAUUUUUUUAUUUAAAAGUAUUAUGCCAGCAAAUAUAUAACUUUAAACCAUAA